GUUCGUUGCAGAGUUCGUUGUUUGAAAGCGAGAGCACGUUACGCUACGCUGUGAUUAUGGACUGGUCGCAAGAAAAAGUCCUGUCAUUUAUACAAUGUUACAAGAAUAGACCGAUACUAUGGGAUCCCAAGCACAGCAAACAUUAUAACAAACGGAAGAAAUUCUAUGUUUGGGCCGAACUAGCGAAGGAAAUGAACACACCGGAGGACGAAUGCAGACGAAAAAUGAUGAGCUUGCUGGCGUCCCUGAGAAGGGAGCGAGCAAAAAUAGCAAAAAGUCGAAGAUCGGGUAAAGGCCCUGGAGAUAUUUAUGUUAGUAAUUGGUUUGCUUAUAAACCGAUGGCGUUUUUGAACCAGAGAAAGCCACAUCCAAAUGCUACUUCCAACAUAAAAUAUUCUCAAGAAAUUGACGAAAAUAUUAACGAAGGUUUCAGUGAGAAUGAAGAAAAAAUGUCAAGUGAUUCUUCCGUUAAGGAAUAUGAGAAUCCUACACCUCUGAUGAAGAUAAAAACUGACACUGAAAUACCAGAAGAACCAGCUAUUUCUACUUACGCUGUUCUAAAGAGAUGCAACGAAACAACCGAAACAUCUGUAAGGACAAUGCCAGAUGAAUCUGAAAGUUUCGGUUUAUUUGUGGGAAACAAACUGAAAUCUUAUUCUCGCGAAACCAGAAACGUGGUACAACAUUUAAUUUCGGAUAUAUUAUUUAAUGCUGACCAAGGUCAGUACGAGAGUAUAAAACAACAAACUGAGGAUAUUUAUUAGCCCAAUAACUUAAUUCGACGAAAGAAUAACAAAUAGACAGUUAGCCCGUGGUUACAUUGGAUGCGUAUCCGUGCGUUUCUUUGGUCGUACGUGCUCAGACGUGCACGCAUCAAAAAACAAACAAAUGCUAUCUACGCAGGCGGUUACAUUGCAUCGGAGUUUGCGCGUCCGUGCACGUACGUCAAAUUCCGUUGGUCGAUGCGUUGGAGGCAGAUGCCGAAAAUUAGAAUAUUAUGGCGAUUAUAAUUAAAUAAUAUACCUACCUAUAUCCACAAAGUU